UUCCAUAUCAUAUCCAAUCGAGUCGAGUCGUGCUCCACUUCCAGAUCCCUCUAUCGUCUUCUUCCUUUCUUUCCAUUUCCAUUUCCAUUUCCAUUGAUUCUCGUCUUCUCUCUUUCUUACUCUCUCUCUCUCUCUCUCUCUCUAACCUCCAAGUUUGAAAUUACUUUCCUACCGUUGUCUUCUCUUCUUAUCCUUCUCUGGCUUCCUGGUAGUUUUCUUCUCUGCUCUUAGACGUCGUACUCCAAGACAGGGAAGCUUCGUUGAGUCGUCGUCGUUUUGUUGUUUUCUUCUUUUUACAGUUGUGUGGGAGGCUUUAUUAUAACCAGCAAGCUCUUUCUCAUUUGAAGAUAUUUCUGACCCAGGAAGAAAGCGAAGCCACUGCUUGUUGACCAAAAGUCCUAUUCAUGACCUUUUGAUAUUUUCAAAAUGUCAGGGCUGUUCAAUACAUCACUUAAUGGAUCAACAUCGAGUCUCGCUGACAGUACAGGACGUGCUUUCUCUCCAUCCUUUUCUGCUCAGUCUGGUAAUGGAUCUGCAGUUUUUCAUCAUACUGGAAAUGUGCCUCAGGGGCUGCAUAAUAUUCAUGGAAGUUUCAAUGUUCCAAACAUGCCAUCUGCACUUGGAUCAAGGAGUACAACUAUAAAUAACAUACCUUCUAGCGGUAUGCAACAAGCUGCUGCCAAUCUCUCUAGUGGGCGAUUUGCAUCAAAUAAUGUUCCAGUGGCUCUUUCUCAGAUAUCUCACAGUGGUGGACAUGUUCAUUCAGGGUUGACAGGCCGAGGUGGUAUGAGUGUUGUUGGAAACCAAGGGUACGGCAGUAACAACAAUGGAGUUGGUGGUUCUAUCCCUGGUAUUCUUCCUAGCUCUGCUGCAAUUGGUAAUCGAACAUCUGUACCUGGUUUGGGUGUCUCUCCUGUUCUAGGAAAUACUGUGCCACGUAUUUCAGGUUCGGUGAGUAGUAUAGCUGGUGGUGGAAACAUUGGCAGAAAUAUUAGCUCAGGUGGCCUAUCUGUGCCUGGCCUUGCUUCUCGCAUAAAUUUAACUGCUAACAGCGGCUCUGGAAAUAUAAAUGUGCAAGGACAAAAUAGGCUAAUGGGUGGGGUGCUGCAACAAGCUUCUCCACAGGUUUUAUCAAUGUUAGGUGCCAACUACCCAUCUGCUGGUGGUCCGUUUUCUCAAAGCCAUGUUCAACCUAUGAAUAACCUUACUAGCAUGAGCAUGUUGAAUGACGGGAAUCCCAAUGAUGGUACCCCUUUUGAUAUCAAUGAUUUUCCUCAAUUGACCAGUCGUCCCAGUUCUUCUGGAGGUCCUCAAGGACAAUUGGGUUCAUUACGAAAACAAGGUCUUAGUCCUAUCGUUCAACAAAAUCAAGAAUUCAGCAUUCAAAAUGAAGAUUUUCCAGCUUUACCUGGAUUUAAAGGUGGCAAUACUGAUUAUUCUAUGGAUCUUCAUCAGAAAGAACAGCUUCAUGACACCUCUGUCUCUGUGAUGCAGCCUCAACAUUUUUCUAUAGGCCGUUCUUCCGGUUUCAAUCUGGGGACAACAUACUCAUCUCAUCGGCCACAGCAACAGCAACAUGUUCCAGCUGUAAGUGGCAGUGGUGGACCCUUUACAAAUGUAAAUAGCCAAGAUCUCCUCCACUUACAUGGCGCUGAGAUGUUCCCUUCAUCUCUUUCAAAUUAUCAUUCACAGAGUAGUGGAGCCCCAGGAAUCGGAUUGAGGCCUCUGAAUUCUCCAAGUUCAGUAUCUGGCGUAGGCCCAUACGAUCAGGUUCUACAGCAAUAUCAACAGCAUCAGAGUCAACCCCAAUUUCGCCUUCAACAAAAUUUGUCUGCUGGUGGUCAGCCUUUCAGGGAUCAAGGGAUGAAGCCUGUGCAGUCUGCCCAGGCACCUUCCGAUCCAUUUGGUUUACGUGGUUUGUUAAGUGUUAUAAGAAUGAGUGAUCCAGAUUUAACAUCUCUUGCACUUGGAAUUGAUCUAACUACACUAGGAUUGAACUUGAAUUCGACUGAAAAUCUCCACAAAACUUUUGCUUCUCCUUGGUCAGAGGAGCCUGCCAAGGGUGACCCAGAGUUUAAAGUGCCACAAUGUUAUUAUGCCAAACAACCUCCGCCAUUAAGUCAAGCAUACUUCUCAAAGUUCCAACUAGACACAUUAUUUUAUAUUUUCUACAGUAUGCCGAGGGAUGAAGCUCAAUUAUAUGCUGCAAAUGAAUUGUAUAAUAGGGGUUGGUUCUAUCAUAGAGAGCACCGGUUUUGGCUUAUGAGAGUGACUAACAUAGAGCCUCUUGUUAAGACAAAUACAUAUGAGAGGGGUUCCUAUAUUUGUUUUGAUCCAAACACGUGGGAAACAAUUCGUAAGGAUAAUUUUGUCCUUCAUUAUGACAUGUUGGAAAAGAGACCAACUCUACCUCAACAUUAAUUAGCAUGCUAGUGUGUAUAUGUUCAGUUUACUUUGUUUUUUUUAGGCAGAAGAAACCAUUGUCCUUGUUGUUAGCUGUUGUAGACUUGACUUGUAGUCAUCUAUGUAUCAUCUCUGUGAAAGUAGACAUUGCAGAACUAAUUGAAACAGCUUCAUUGCUGUUUCAUUUUCCGUUUGAGUCAUGCAGUUUCGUUUCAAUCUUUAUAUUAUGCCUCUCAAGAAUUUAUUGAUUUUCUUGAUCCUCUA